CAAUCUAGAGGGCAGUAAAAAUGAUCUAUUUAUUUUGGUUUUAGCAUGCACAAGAGGCAGCUUUCAAGAGCUCUGUGAUCGAGGUAGCAUCGGUAACCGUCUAGUCCUCAGAAAUGCCAACUUCACAGACAGAGAGAGCAACCGAGAGAGAGGGUGUGAAAAAUUGCAGCAAAGAUCAGAUAGCAGACAAGGGUAAGAGAGAGAGAGCCGUGUUUUAAACGUUCAAAGAGAGCCACCGGUGAGGUGCUGGUGAGAGAUUAGAGACACUCUGAACAUCCGAAAACCAGAGGGAUGACCACAGCCUUGCUAAAGAUUACUGGAACAUCACUGGAUCAACACUAGGGACCAUUAAUGAAACAUUUUGAUGUUGUUAGCAAAGGAAUCUAAUCUGCAGCCUGUAGAGAGGAAGCCUCCUUCUAAUACAUGCAUACGGUACACGUGUGACGUUAAAGAUGAGGACCUCGCUGGACAGUCAGGAUGCUUUUCGUUUUCGAGGAAGGGAUCACUCUCCUUCAGAGGAACCUUAAAGAAACUCAGCGGAAUCAUGCUUUAGUUCAACUUGAGAUCUAGCGAGAACCCAGUUCGCUUUCUCACGUUUUAAUUACGUGCACACGUCAACGCAGGGGAGAGUAAAGGCAUCCUGAACAGCGAUUGAUCCACUGCUACCUUGGUCCUCUCUCCCACUUACUGAUUCUAGCAGGGCAGAGUGGCAUGAGCGUGGGCAGGCCCCACCGUUACAACAUUGUGUCAUCGUCCGAGGAAGACGUGUAUCGCCACGGCAACAUGCCCGCCCUUGGCAAUGGCUUUGGCAACGGCAAGAUCCAGACACGGCGGAAGGCGCGAUGCCGCUUCGUCAACAAGACGGGCCAGUGCAAUAUCAGUUUUGUGCAUAUGGACGAGCAAUCCCAGCGUUACCUCGCUGACAUUUUUACCACGUUUGUGGACAGUCGCUGGCGCUGGAUGUUCCUCCUUUUCUCACUUGCAUUUGUCCUGUCCUGGCUCGCGUUUGGUUUCGCCUUCUGGGUCAUUGCUCUUGUCCACGGUGACCUAGACCGACCCUCUGGAGAAGACUUCACACCAUGUGUCAUGCAGGUCAACAGCUUUGUGGCAGCAUUCCUGUUCUCGGUUGAGACGCAAACCACGAUCGGAUAUGGAUUUCGCUGUGUGACCGAAGAGUGUCCGCUAGCCGUGUUCAUGGUCGUCUUUCAGUCCAUCUUAGGCUGCAUCAUUGAUGCUUUUAUGAUCGGCGCCAUCAUGGCCAAAAUGGCACGGCCUAAGAAACGCGCAGAGACGAUACUGUUCUCGCAAAAUGCCGUCAUUUCUAUGCGUGAUGGGAAGCUGUGCCUAAUGUGGCGGGUUGGAAACUUGAGGAAAAGUCACAUUGUGGAGGCCCACGUGCGGGCGCAACUCAUCAAGCCCCGAAUUACAGAGGAGGGCGAGUACAUCCCCUUCGAUCAGAUCGAUAUUAAUGUGGGAUAUGACCUGGGUCUCGACCGCAUCUUCCUAGUUGCUCCCCUAACUAUCAUUCAUGAAAUAAAUGAGGACAGCCCGCUGUUUGGAAUCAGCAAGCAGGACCUGGAAACUUCUGAUUUCGAGAUUGUGGUGAUACUAGAAGGGAUGGUUGAAGCUACUGCGAUGACGGCUCAGGUACGCAGCUCCUACCUGGCCAGCGAGAUCUUAUGGGGCCAUCGUUUUGAGCCGGUGGUGUUUGAGGAACGGAACCAAUAUAAAGUAGACUACUCGCACUUUCAUAAGACCUACGAGGUGCCCUCAACGCCACGCUGCAGUCCCAAAGACAUGGAUGAAAACAAAUCGCUGGAGUCUGGUGGCAACUUCUGUUACGAGAACGAGCUGGCCUUCAUCAGCAGGGAUGAAGAGGAGCAGGAAGUGGAGAGUGGUGAGAGGGGGACUGAGCUAGAGACCCUGUCUGCCAAUAUGAACUCUGAUCAAAGGUCAUACCACAAAGAAUCUGAAAUAUGACCUUUCGUCUCCGUGACCCCUUUGAUGACUUUGCUUUAUUGUAGAACUCCUACUCUUUUUGUGUCGGUUGUCAUGGGUAGAUACAGAGAAAUGCAAGUGCCAUAUUAAAACCUUGACCCACUGUCCUAGAGCCAUGCUGUAGUGAAGGGCAGGUCAGGAAAAGAAAGUGCUUUUUGUUGUUGUUGGAAAUGCGAGGCCUUCCUGUAGGAAAACUUGAAAAAUAGACUAUCUGUUUAAUAAUGUAGUUUCAAGUUAUAGCUUUAAGUAGUAUCAUUAUGCAAUACAAAGCUAGCCUGGGUGCCAUAUUGACUAAAUCAACAUUUGCACAAACUAGACCUCUAGAGUGUUUGCUUGUAUGUUAAGUAGAACAUGAUAAACUAUGUUUUGUGUGACUUACAGCAAUAAAAUGACUUACAUUCAUCCAUUCAUGUUCUUUCUAUUCACUGUCUGGCUAAAAUUGAUUUCUAUUACACCAGGGUAAAGACAAGUGAUAUUUCUUUUCAUCACGGACUGCUGUGUGCAACUAAUGCCAAAACAGAUGCUGAUUUACUGCUAAAGGACAAUGAGCAAGAUGGCUCCCAGGCUAGCAACUAGCAAAGAAACAAAGUUAUUUAUUCAGUAUUAGAAAGUUAGUAGAUAUAGAUAUAUAUUUACAUUUAAAUUUAUGCAUUUGGCAGGUGCUUUUAUUUAAAGCGACUCACAUUGCAUUGUACUAUACAUUUGUUUCUGACUAUGCGCAAUCCCUUGGGAUCGAACCCAUGACCUUGGCGUUGCUAGCGCCAUGCUCUAACCACUGAGCCACAAGAAAGAUAUAUAUGUGAGUUAUUGAGUACAAGAGAAAGAAAUACAUUUGUAUUUAAAAUAUAAGGAAGAUUGUAGCUUUUUCCCACAACAUACAACCAUUCAUGUUCAUACCCAGGACAAACAGUCACAUUAUAUGUUUAAGACGGCAUAAACAAACAAUAGCACCAAAAACACACAAAAAAGUGUUAUGUUGCUUUAAAGACAUUAAACCCAAGAGUGCUCAUCUUUUAAGUGUUUUUAAGUUGAUUUUCACAAAUGCCAAAGCUCUGAUGGCAUUUCGGUAGUGUGUUUGUCUUUUGACACUAGAAGCUACAUAUGUGGUAGUCAGAUGCCAAAGAUUUGAGCAAUUAGGUAAUGCCAUACUAUUGCUUUUUUAUUUAAAUCACAACCGUGAACGUGAUUUGUUGAUCAGAAGUAUGUGGCAUUUGAUUGGACAAAACGAGAGUGAGUGCAAGAUGAGACAUCAAUAUUUUUGGUCUAUUUUCAAGUUACAUUAAAGCUUACAGACAUGUACUAUAAAAGUCACACAACCCCGUUUUCAUUUUUAGAAAUUUGGUGUAAUACGACAAGUCUGCUUAAUUGUAGAUUUCCACUCACAAGCUAAACAAAUUUCAACAAGAAACUAACAAAAGCCGAACGCUAACCGCCCACCUCAGAUAUCUUGCACAGUAAUUAGUGACUGUGGCUCUCCUCUGGAUAUCUCCCUCCUUUAAAAUCAGAGCAAUGAGAAAUAAGAAAUAGAGCCAGAGACAAAGGAGGAACAAAAGGAAGAGAGUGUUCACCCACACUCACCUCAUCCAUCACUUUGGUCUGUGGGAGAAAAUAAGUGUGCCUGAUUAAAUAAAGAAGGCAUUAUAUAAGAUAAUUUAAAUAAAUUAAACGUUUCAUCAAGGUAAAUUAUAGCCAAAGUCGUCCUCUCAUGGAUAAGAGAAAAAAGCAAGACAAUCCAGUUGCCAAAAAUAAUUAAAUCAAUAUACGCCAUCAUGCUACAUAACUCACAGCAGUGUAGUUUAUUGUUUUUAUGUUGAUCGAUCAUUAUUUGGACACAUUACUCAAAAUAUUUCAUGUUUUUAGGUCAUGUCCUUAUAACCUUAUCAGCUGGGUCUCUGGAACUGAUUUACCUUCCCCUACUUGUGACUUCAGCUUAAAGAUGGGGUAACAUGCUAUUUCAUGCAUUCUGACUUCUUUACACUGUUAAACGUGCUGGCUUCUCAUGCUUAACAUGGUCAACUUGUUAAAAAAACGAGUUGGACAUAUGAUGUAGUAUUUCUGUGCUUGCUCCCCCAGCACUCCAACUUGUUUCAGAGAGUUUUUUAUAAGUCUGGAUCCUGUUUGGUAACAGGGAUCCUAUUCUUUUUAUUGGGAAAUUCUUUCGGAAAAGCACGCCCACUGCAAGGCAAAAGAAGUAGCCCGCAUUACGCGCAAACCGACGAGUGAAGACCCCUUAUCAAGAUUGGCUGCGCUGUGGGCCUGCAGCUGCAGCUCGUUACUCUUGUUAUAGUGAGAGAAGUUUAGGUGUGUUUGUUUGUUCAUGGCAUUUCAGUGAUGGAUGUUAUAUAAACGGUGGAUAUAAAGCUGGAUUUGGAGAUCGUUUGAAAUUGAUAUACUGUAUAGUGCGGUCCCAAGGCUAAAAGAUGCUGGACAUGAACUGCACGCGGUAAGUCAAACUAAGUCAUAUGUCUGUGUUUUGUUGGCAAUCGGCGCAUACGUGCAUAAUGUAAACAACACGAACGGAUAAUGCGAUGAUGUAUCGUGUGCUCGUGCUGUAGGUCAGUCUCCCCUGCCUGCCUCCAGCAGCUCGUCUUUUUCCAGAGAUAAUCGUACAGCAUUACCAUGUAUCGCUCUUUUAUAAAUUUGAUCUAAAUACUUUUCGAAGAUACAACGUAUGCAAUACUACUGUAUAGGUACUCAAGAUUAAUAUGAGAUUGGCAGAAACUGCGUGUGUUACCCCAUCUUUAAUACAAUGUAAAGGAGCCAUGAUCUAAAGCAGUGUGGAAACACUUGGAAAAAAGAGGAUUGCCGGUAAAAACAUACUGUAGGUCGUACAAGCUGGUUUUUAAAACAAGAUGGUUUGUUGUUGGUCAAUGGUGGUCUACAAGCUUAGGUUAACCAAGAUGCUCCACCACGCGAAAAAACCACAUCAAUUAAAAGGUAGACAAUCCAGAUCAGCUUGGACCAACUAAGGACCAUAAAUGUUAAAUGUUAAACCAACAAGGAAAUCCUUGUAAUGCAAUUCAACCUAUUCUUUAAAAGCUUCUUUCAAAUAUUGAUUUUUUUUAAGAUCUAGACAACAGGAAUAUCAAAACAAAGCAAGAAUGUCAUGUCACCAUAAACUGUAUUCCCACAUUUCAUUACAACUAUUGUAAAUCUUUCUCAUACUUAACAAAAGUGUUUCGAACAUAAUAUGAGAGACAAGUCUGUCUAAAAAACCUCAAGGCAUCACGCUGUCUGUCAAUGGAAGAAAAUCCAGAUAUAACCAUGGUGACAAAUGUUACCACGGCAACGGUAUAUCUAUAAUUAUUGAAAGUAUACUGAUUUUUCUUUUUGUACUUUAACACCUGACCACCAACAAUUCCAAUACAAACAAUUAAAAAACAACACGUUUUAAAAUUAUUGUUUAAAUCUACCACUCAACCUAAAAAAAAUGUGUAAAGCCUAUCACAUAACAUAAAAUACAUGGCACUACACAUUAAAAUAUUGACAAAGUGUGAUAGCUUAAGAAAAACAGCAAAAUAAUUAUGUAAUUACUGUAAAUAAACAUACAGUCCUCUUAUUUUACCAUUGUUUAUAGAAAGGACAAAAAGUCCACAUGCCCCAUUGUCACUACUCAACUUGUGCUUUACGUCAUACCCCAAGGAAUGUCUCUAUUGGUGGCUUUCUUUUUGUACAUUAUUACUAUGGGAACCAAAAGGCUUUAAGAACACGAGUCACAUACAAAGGUCAAAGAGAUCAUGUACAUUUGCCUUCUGAGAAGGCUGAUAAUUAACACCAGAUAUAGCCAUAAAACCAAAAACAGAACACAGAAGCAUGGAUUCAGCACUUACACAUGUCACCUAAAGCACUCCUUACAUAAUUCAGUACAGUGGCAGCAAUACUGGGUCUCCGUGUGUAGGGCUAUAGCUACGGGGAUAAAUAAGAAUGAACAUAGCAGCCUACACAUUUCUACAUUUAUUUUUGGUAAAGGGCCCAAAAUUUAAAAAACAUUUUAAAGCACUCCUUGCAUAAUCCAAAUCAGUGCCAGCAAUAUUGGGUCUCAGUGUGUAGGGCCAUAGCUCUGGGUGUUGGGGUAAAUAAGAAUGAACAUAGCAGCCUACACAUUUCUACAUUUAUUUUUGGUAAAGGGCCCACAGCAAAAUAUAGUCAAGAAGUGCAAAUAUGGUGUAACAUUUAUAUGGUGUAAAAUUUCUGAUUUCAGUUUGGAUAAAUCUAUUUUAAUAUUGAUAUUAGGAAAAACAUUUUACAGCAAACCAUGCCUUACAACACUGUUUUCCUGAAAUGUAGAUUUCUUUUUAAAUACAUGCAUAAGUGUGUAUUUAUGCAUCAGAACUACCCGGACAAACACAGGACUGUAAAAUUAAAAAGUAGUAAACCGAGCAGUGAUGUGUUGCUUUGUGUAGUUGCACAUGUAAAACAGAUUUGAGAAUGAGGAAAUCUACACCAACAGAUUCCAGGAAAACCAGUGCAUUUUACAACCAUUAACAUCUGUAUCAAAUCUCACAUUCGGCUGCCUGAAGUAUUAAAUUAUGUGAUUCCAAAUCCAUAAAUAUACUUUCUAGUAGCCAGACAUAGAACAAACGUAGUUUACUUACACUUCCAACCGCACUAUGCUGGGAAACUGCCAAACACAUUUAGACCUCAUUUUCUCUUUGUGGUUGGAAAUUUUAUAGCCUAGAAGUUAAAAGACUCAAAGAAAAAGACAAAGAAAAAGACUCCCUUAUGCUAUAUUAACUUCCAGUAUAUUAAAUAAUUGAAUUUAAAUGUGUUCAUAUAAAUAUAUAUAUAUAAUGCAUUGCGUCUACAAUAUUGAAUAAUACAUAAGGACUUGCCACUUUACCUAUAUUUAAAAUAAGGUAUUGAAUAAUGUCCUAUUUAUUAUAUUGUAUUCAUUAUAUUUCUAGUAUAUUCCAUGUUUCGUGCAUAAUAAAACAGGUGGAGGUGCUGAUGCGUACAAAGUUGUACAUGCAAGAUGUAAAAUGCGUUUCUAAGGUAACACAAAUGUGCUAAAUCUGCAGUGAAUAGGAUGGGCAAAACUUUGGCCGGAGAGAGGGGGAUUGUCAUGUUUUAAAUUAAUCAGUGUUGUGAAAAUGCGCCAUUAUGAAGAGAACAUCGUUUCAAAAGCGACAUGCAUUAUUCAUGAUUACUGACAAAGAAGCCGUUAGAAAUUUAAUUAGAGCGCGCGCACACCUGCCGUUCCUCCUCUCUGGGACAUAAACGGACCCCAGACAUGAAAACACAGCUUUCACCGAGACUAAAACACAAGCAACACAUUUUAAGAGCCACAAAUGGCGCGCAACCAAGUUGAGCAAAUAUCAGAUUGGGGAAAUUAAGCUAUGGUUUCGUGUUCAGAUGUUAUCGGCUAAUUAGUUCGCUUCUGGACAAAUCACUGUUGGUGCUAAUGCGUACACAGUGCAGCUCUUCAAUUAAAGUCCACUUUCAAACAUAGGCUCGCUCUUUAUUUUUUUGAAAUCUCUAAAAAUAACAGGAGAUCAAACAUUACCCUGAGCAGAAAGACGUCUGCGAGAUCCAGUUGGAACUUUGUGUAGUUGCUAAAGAAACGAUGCGCAGUUUAGAAUCAAAGUACGAUCUCUAGUGGCUGAUAUGAGGUACUACAAAGAGCUGUGUGAAAUGUGCUGAACCUGAGUGUAAACAUGACUGUAUGUCUAUUUCGAGAUUCCAUGGGGAAAAAAAAUCAACAGGUACAACAUAAAAGGGAAAGAAAAGAUUAAGU